UGCAAAUGCUUGUUAGAACUUGUGUUGCGAAUCGCACAUCGAAACCGAGGGAAAGCAUACAGACGGCCUGCGCCACCAGGGCAAAUGUUGAAAGUCGAGAUCGUUGUCCCAGCUGUCUUUUCUUGCUCCAGAUCCAUUUGAGCCAAGUAAUUGAGACGUCUCUGUAAAGUCCGAGUUGCGGUCGUCGAUUUCGCGAACUGUCGGACUUGGACUCCGUCCGUCGCCUCUCCGCUUCGGCCCAGCCAUUUUGUGUUUUCGAUGCGUGUUCUGGGGCUAAUAAUUGCGAUAAAAUGUCGACUGAGUUGAUGCGAUUCAAGGCAGCUUGGUCCGAGGACAGAAAAACAACACGGGGGUUGCUGAUGGCAGACGCGCUCGGCUCAAGUUGGGAAAGCUAUAGAGUAGCUUUCGGGGUUGUGAUAGCGGCGCAAAGCUCGACUCAGUCUCAUUUCUCACCGGGACGAAUCUACUCGGUACUUUCCGUGACAGAGGGAACGAGCAUAAAUAUCACAGAGAUAUGUAUACAAGACGACGAGAGGGAGGUAGACAAGGUUCGGGGAGAGAGGAAGCGAGAUGAGCGAGCCCGACACAGUGAUUCGUCUGGAGCAAGAGCUUACAUACAUGCCGAGUCCCAGCAAACUGGGGCAUGGGCUUCGAGCAGUGAUAAGGUAUCGCUGGCAAGUGGAGAGCGCUCACAGAAGCCCAAAAAGCAAAAGCAAGCCGCCAAGUCUAAUCUCAAGCUGCCGUCAAGGUGCGGGCUAAUCGCGUGGACGCCCUCGAGUGGAUUCGGAACCAAAAUCCGGGGCCCAGGGGGGAAGGUCGACCAGGAUUCUUUCAAUAGAUGGAUGGCGCACUACCAAAAGUCCUGUCUGACGCUAUUAUUAAGUGUGCCGACCCCGUGUUGACGGAGUUAGGCGGCUGGCACAGAUGACGCCGUCAUAUAUCUGCUUCACCUCUGCUUGUGCGACGCAAUGCGAGCUGCAAAGUGUGUCAGCGCGGCCUGGCCUGAUUGCUUCGAAAUGCGAUUCAUUCCCCAGAUGCCCGCAGGCCACCGCGUC